AUGCUGGCGUCAAAGCGGCAGGCGCUCGGGAACAAGUGCGGAAACUCCCGCUUCAGCCUCUUGCUGCUGGAAGAUGGAGAAUUCUUCCUUGAUGACCUUAGCGUGUUCAAGUACCCAGACCCAGUGUUUCAGUGCCUCACGUUUGACUCUUGCAUCCAGAGGAAGGUGCAAGGGCGUUUGAAAUUGUGCACACGCAGCAUUAUGUUUGAGCCGCAAGACAUCAUGCAACCGAUUUUGAAGUUUCCAUUUCGAGACAUGAAUGUGACUCCAUGCGCCGAGGUCUUUGACGACGAAACGAACGAGAUGUAUCUGUCGUUUGAGUGUAACUCCGUGAUCGAGAUGAAGGAACGCAAUGUCGAUCACCCGUAUACACAUCGCGUGUUGACCGACUCGAGCAUGUACAGCACGAAAGUCAUCUUCUCCCUUGUGCAUUCAAAGCUCCCCGACUUCCUCGAAGCCAUUGCCCCCCUCUGGUCUCUCUCGCACAAGAAGAACGUUCUUAACAAGAUCGACGAAGAACGGUUCUUGGCACCUGUGCUCGAGCCUCGCCACACGGAUGUGUUCGACGCCAGUUUGCUGGCCGAUUUUCGAGAACGACCGCUCUUAUCCAAGUGCAAGCUUGUGGAUCGCAUCGUCCCGUUGCUGAAGUUUCCAGGAGCAAUGAUGCUCACAAACCAGAGAGUGUACUUUCAGCCUGCGCAGAUCAACAACAUUGGCGACCCCGUCCUCAUGUACGAAUACACCAAGGUGGUGGGACUGCACAAACGCCGGCACAUGCUCAAGCAAUGCGGGUUGGAAGUGCUGCUGGAAGAUCGCCAGAGCUACUUUUAUUCGUUUCGCACGAUGAAAGACCGCGACGAAAUCUACGCCAUGAUGGUCAAACAACCUGGGUUAAAUGAAAAACUGAAACAGAAUUGCACCCGCGAAAUGCUGCUCAAGUGGCAGCACCGCCAAGUGUCCAACUUUGAGUACCUCUCAUUCCUCAACGACGAAGCUGGCCGAACGACCAACGACUUGACGCAGUACCCUGUGUUUCCGUGGGUUAUCGCCGACUACAAGUCUGACAAGCUGGACUUGACGAAUUCACAAACGUUCAGAGACCUGUCCAAGCCAGUCGGCGCCCUCAAUGCCGAUCGACUAGCGUACUUUCAGCAACGAUUUCAAAACAUGCCGUCAGGAAUGGAAGCAGAGGGCCUGCCACCGCCGUUUUUGUAUGGCACGCAUUACUCGACCCCAGGCUAUGUUUUGUUCUACUUGGUCCGCAUGGCCCCCGAGUACAUGCUGUGUUUACAGAACGGCAAGUUUGACGCGCCGGAUCGGCUCUUUCGGAGCAUUGCUGGCACUUAUCAGAGCUGCCUAACCAAUCACGCCGACUUGAAGGAACUCAUCCCAGCUUUUUAUGACACAGAAAACCCCCCCUUGAUUGAAUGGCUCCAAAAUACGCGCAAUUUGGACCUGGGCACGACCCAAAACCUGUCUCGCGUUGGUGAUGUCGAGCUCCCGCCAUGGGCAGACAACGCCCAUGACUUUGUCGAGAAGAACCGCCAAGCGCUCGAGUGUGACUUUGUGUCGGAGCAUCUGCACGAGUGGAUCGAUCUCAUUUUUGGCUACAAACAGCAAGGCGCGGAAGCCGUGGCCGCCAACAAUCUGUUCUACUACUUGUCGUACGAAGGUGCGGUAAACCUGGAAACGAUCACAGACCCCGUCGAGCGAUGCUCUUUCGAGGCGCAGAUCCAAGAAUUCGGCCAAACACCAAAGCUCUUAUUCAAGAGUCCGCAUCCGUCGCGAUCUCAACUCGGGAUGGAUGUCACUCUGGCUCCACUUGACGUCGUCCCGCCGUUGCCGGUGGUACCGCCGCCACCAGCAGUGUCACCUGUUCGUGCUCCUGUGCCAGUUGCACAUGCUACUCCCGCAGUAGACGAUCCUGAGCCAGCGCCUUCCUUCCGCACCUCGUCGUGGGGAUUCAAGCGGCCGACCCUGAGCAAGUUCACGGGUCUGACCAAAAACGUGACGGGACUCACGGCCAGUCUUCGGCGACGGAUGGAGAGGACAAGUUGGGGCUGGUCGUUUGAUGCAACGACCACCUCCAUGUGGGACGAAUCGCUUCCGCAUUUCCUACAUUCCCAGGCCAUCACGUGCGUGAAUGUUUCGAAAGACAUCAAGACAGUCUUCUCAACGUCGCACGACGGAACGUUCAAAGUGUCGUCGAGUGAGGACGGCGUGGUGCGACGCAGUUAUACGUGCGGAGGUCCCGUGCUGUGUAUGGACAUUUCCCCGGAUGAAAAGUAUGCAUUUUUUGGCACGGCCGACCUCGAUGUGCACAUGUUUGCGCUGGAGACGGGGCGAGUGGGGAAACUCAGCCCGGCGCACGCAGCGGCCGUGACAGGCGUUUGUGUCGUCGAUGACGCCAAGUUUGUCACGUGCUCGUUGGAUGGCACGAUGAAGAUCUGGCAAUACGGCCCCAUUGGCAUGCUCUCGACACCUACUUUUGUGUACGAAGGGUGCGAUUCUGCCUUGACGUGCUUGGACGUGAAUUCGGAUGGGACAAUUGCACUCGUGGGGACGGAGGAAGGAUCGGUCUGCGUGUUCGACUUGCGAUCGAACGAACUCAUCUCCCAGAUUCGUGCGAGCGACAUCAAGAUUCAAACAGUUCGAUUUGGCAUGACAGGUGCCACCUUCACGUGCAUGACGUCGACGAAUGUGGUGGCGAUGUUUGCACUGAACGGAGCUUCGGUCUGCACCCUUCAAGCCCCCCUCAAGGACGUUCAUGGCUGUAUGGUAUCGGAUGGCGAAUAUGCGCUGACUGGGUCGGACGACGGAGGGGUGUACAUAUGGCAACUCAACGAAGGCGAUAGUAACGUGCUGAAGGCGUGUACCGUGUCCAUUCCGCACUCGAAUAAGAGCGCGGUGACGGCGGUGAACGUGAGCGGAAACGGCCAGAGCAUUGUCGCAGGGACCGGCGAUGGAUCUGUCCGUGUCUGGGCCAUGCGCAAAAAGUCCGCGCGGAGUAGACUAGGAUUUUGA